AUGCGUGCUUCAACUCUGGCGUGGGCCGCCGUCUCGGCUCUCAGCGCUUUCGUCCAGGCCGCCGACGUUGAGGAAUGGAAGUCACGAUCCAUCUACCAGGUCAUGAUUGACCGUUACGCUCACGAUGAUGGAACCACUGACCACCAGUGUGAGCUUUACAAGUUCUGUGGCGGUACCUGGAAGGGUCUGACCAACAAGCUCGACUACAUCCAGGACAUGGGCUUCAGUGCCGUCCAGAUCAGCCCCAUCGUCAAGAACAUGGACGAUGACACUGCCGUCGGUGAGGCCUACCACGGUUACUGGUCCCUCGACAACUACGCCCUCAACCCCAAGUAUGGUACCGAGCAAGACUUCAAGGACCUUGUCAAGGCUCUGCACGACCGUGGCAUGUACAUCAUGGUUGACGUUGUCGUCAACAACAUGGUUCAGAAGCUCGACAACCUCCCGCCCAAGCUCGACUACUCCAAGUUCAACCCCUUCAACGACGAGAAGUACUUCCACCCCUACUGCAAUGUUACCGAGUGGGAGAACUCGACCAACUACCAGGACUGCUGGCUCUACCCUUACGGCGUCGCUCUUGCCGAUUUGGCCACCGACACGGCCCCCGUCUACGAGGAGCUCGGCAGCUGGGUCAAGGGACUGGUCGCUAACUACUCCAUUGACGGUCUCCGUAUUGAUGCCGCCAAGCACGUCAACGAUGAGUUCCUGCCUCGCUUCGUCAACUCCUCCGGUGUCUUCGCUUUCGGCGAGAUCUUGACCGGUAAGAAGGAGGACUUCUGCCGCUACCAGACCCUGAACCUCCUCCCCGGCAUGCCCAACUACAUGGAGUACUACCCCCUUAUGUCCGUCUUCUUCAACGGCGACCUCAACAACCUCGCCGAUCUCCGUAGCCAGACCCGCGAUGGCUGCACCGACAUCUUUGCUCUCGGCUCCUUCGUUGAGAACCACGACAUGCCCCGCUUCGCCGUCUACGAUACGGACAUCACCCUUGCCAAGAACGCAAUGGCCUACAUCCUCCUGACUGACGGUAUUCCUACUGUCUACCAGGGCCAGGAGCAGCACUUCAACGGCAACUCCACUCCCUUCAACCGUGAGCCCCUCUGGCAGUCCAAGUACGACACCAAGGCGCCUCUGUACCAGCUGACCAGCACGCUCCUCCACGCCCGUAACAAGCUGCAGGCUUUGGACAACAAGUUCGCGACGACCGGCUCUGAGCAGCUCUUCGUCGAGAACACCCACUUGUGCGUGCGCAAGGGUCCCAGCGGCGCCCAGGUCGUCUUCUGCAUCACCAACAAGGGCGAGAACGGCGACAAGUACCAGCUCUCCGUCGGUGGCUUCAACCCCGGUGACGAGGUCGUCGAGAUCACCACCUGCGGCACCUCCACCGCCGAUGGCACCGGCAACGUCACCUUGUACAUGAACAAGGGCGAGCCCCGUGCCGUCAUCCCCAAGGCCGCCCUCGAGGGCACCAAGCUCUGCCCCAACGGCACCACCGAGGCCUCCAAGGCCGCCGAGGGCCAGGGCAAGAGCGCCGCCUCGGCCUUCGGCACCAGCCUGAGCCUCCUCGUGGCUUCUGUUGCUACCGUCUCCUUCGCCGUCCUGUUCUAA